AUGUUGAAAACUUUUACAAUUAGUUUUGAAAGUUAUAGUCAUUUGGCCAUCGAUAUUUACGAAUAUGAGAAAACUUUAACUCAAAGAUACAUACCCCUACCGCUAUCCAAAGAAUUUUUACACGGUUCAUCUGAUAACAUACCGGAAUUCAUUAAACAUACUAUGAAGGUCAUUGAUUUGACUUGUGUUUCAGGUUAUAUCACAGUAUUGGCUCCCAUAAAUAAACAUGAAUAUGAUCGAAAUGUUGACACAUUGACACAAGAUGAUGAUCAGCUGGCCUCCUCACCAGCUGGCGCAGAUUUUCCUUUGUUAAGUGAACAUGAAGAAAAUGAAUAUAAUUCGUCUGGAAAAGUUGUUUUAGAUGAAAAUGAACUAAUCACAAUUAUGAAUGAACGCAAGCCAAUUUAUUUUAUUACAUUACAAUUAGGCUUGCCUAUUUUUAAUACUGAAUUGAAUCGUGCAGUUUGUACACAAAUUUCUAAUCAAAACUUAUUAUCUACUACCAAUCGUGAUCAUAUAGUAGAUAAUAAUCGUCUUAUUGUUAAAGAAUUUGAGAAAUUCAUGUUGGAACACUGUUCAGCACUUUUACCUAAGCAAAAUCAAUGUAGUUAUUCAACACUUGUAACUAGUUUUGGUGGUAAUCUUCCUGAUACUUGGCCUCUUCCUACCAAGAAGUUGACUUAUGCCAACGGUACUUUGUCGUUUUCAUAA